ACAACCAGGAAAAGGAGAAGUUGUGGGGGAAAACACACCCCCUUCCAGAUUUCCAACAAAACGCCCUUCUCCAGACAAGCCCCGGCACGCUGCUCCCAGUUAUCCAUCAUCUGACACACCAGCCUCUGGUUAUUAUUUCUGGAUCAAAGCAGACGCUGCAGAGGUAUAAAACCUGCCCUGCCCGAGCCCUGCUUAUUUUGGAGGCUCCCAGAUCUCUAAAGGAUGAAGCUUUUCCUCCUGGUCCUGCUCGGCGUCGCCCUGUGCACGGAAAGUGCUUUCUCCCUGACCUGCUUCUCGUGCAAAGAUGCAACUUCCAACAUCCACUGCCUCGGCACCACCAAAUGCUCGGAUAACGAGAAGUAUUGCCUGACAUCCUAUUCCACCACUGGAAUCGGCAAUGACCGGAGCCAGAGAAUCACCAAGAAAUGUUCUGCGUUUUGCCCAUCCAUUGACGUGAACAUCGGCAUCGCUGGAGUCGCCACCAGCUGCUGCGAGACCUCCUUGUGCAACAUCAGCGGGGCCAGCAGCGUGAAAACCAGUUCCACCAUCCUCACCCUGGGGAUCCUGGCCAGUCUCGCCUGCAUCCUCAGGAUGGGUUUUUGAGGGGUUUUCGGAGAAAAUGAGCUGCUUGGCUUUGCAUGGCAUGGUUCAAGCUGCGGUCCAUCAGGUGGGAAUGCUGCCCUGUGCCUCCUAUCUGGAAGGUCACCUCCCAUCUGGAGAUAUUUUUGCUCUUUCCAUGCUCUGAUGACAACACAAAAUGAUGUCUGGGAGAGAAAGGGGUAAAAUGGAGCCCUGCACGUGCAGAAUGACCCCACGUGGUCACCGUUCUCUCCUACUUCUGGCAUUUAUAAUUCCGUGCAUUUUUUGCCUUUCAUUUUAUCCCCGCCGUUCUCUUGUGCCAUUUUCUUCCCAUUUUCCACCCUGUAUCAUUUUGCUCCGAGAAAGCCUUUAAUAUUCCAGUUGUUAAACAGAAACUGGGCACAAUAAAGUGUUAUUUUAUUCUA